UUUAUCUCAAAUAUCCAAUAACAACAACAUCAAACCAUAAAAACUUUGCAUUCAACAUCCAAUUUCAUCCAAAUGAGUGUGGAACAGCAGCAACAACAACAGCAAUUGACGGCUAUUGAACUAACCAAAUCGAAUAACAAUAAUAACAACAACGGCAGCAGCAACAACAAUAAUAACAAUUCCACCAUUAGCAACAACAAUAGCUCCAAUGCAAUAUGCAAUAAUUUCAGCUCAAAUUCUAAAACAACCAAUGAUCUAAAGCUGAAUAAUGAUUUUCAUAAUUUCACCAAAGCCAAAGAGGAAGCCUUGGAAAAAUCUGCCCAAAAAUCUCCCCCCUCCAGUCCUUUGAAACAAAAUGGCCAACAUUAUGGUGCGGCCGAGACCAAUGGUGGAGAUCAUGUGAAAUUUCAAGCCAGCACUUCACAAAGGCAACAUGAGAAUUCCAAGGAAAAAAAGGAACAAAAAGAGUCUGCGGAGGCAGACAGAGCAUCGUCUCAUCGUCAAUCGCAAGAUGAAGGCCUCAAUAAUGGCGACGAAGAGGAUGAAGACGAUGAGGAAGAUGAGGAUCACACUUUGAGUACAGCUUGCAUUAUAAAAUCGCCUCUCAAUAAAACUCUACUCAAGAAAUGCAUACCCAAUGGCAAUGGCAGUCUCAGUCCCUUGCCCCUGACCACCAACAGCAAUAGUUUGAGUAAUUCCAAUUGCUGUUGUCACAAUGAGGGCGAAUUCUCAUCCACCUCAACAUCAUCAUCCUCAAAUAUCAAUGAUUCAUCUACUAAAGAUUUGUCCCUGGCCGAAGGCAGUGAAGAUAAAUCGCCACCACACUUCGAUCCUUUUACCAAAAUUCCCAUACCUACAACGUCGUCAAUGCCAACAACAACAAAUGCAAACAUAAAGUGUACAAAAUGCAAUAACAACAACAAUAUACAUUACAACAAUUACAAUUGUUAUUAUCGCAAGAAAGCGGCACGUUUGAAACCAUCAAUAUGUCGAAUUAUGACACUGAGCCGUGGCCCCUACAGCGAGCUCGAUAAAAUGAGCCUUUUUCAGGAUCUAAAACUGAAACGACGAAAAAUCGAUUCAAGAUGCAGCAGUGAUGGUGAAUCUGUAGCCGAUACCUCAACCUCAUCACCGGAUCUUUUGGCGCCCAUGUCACCCAAAAUGUGUGACUCCGGAGGAGGAGGUGGUGGUGGUGGUGGUGGUAGUGGCUCCAAUGUGGCCAGCUCUAUGUCAUUAGUCACUCUAACGGCUACCACCUCUCUAACAACAGCCACAACACCUGCCACCUGUUCCAGCACAGCCUUGCCUCAGCAUCAAGUGGCUGCCGAAGUUGUGGUGGCCACAGCAAAGGCGGUGGCUGCGGCGGUUGCUGUUAAAAAUGAACAACUGCAGCAAUUGCAACAGCUGCAGCAACAGCAACAACAACAAGAACAGACUGAAAUUCAUUCAUCAUCGUGUGGCAUGUCAGCGGCAUCCUCAUCAGCCAGCAAUAUGAUGACACCUCCUGCGCCUGUAAGAACUUCUCCGCCUAUGAACACUGCCGAAAUGGCAGCCGCUGAUAGUGCCGAACGAAGGACACCCUCAAGUAAUAGAGCCACACCCACACCGCCGCAUAAUAAUGGCAAUGCCAGCAGUAGUACCAGCAAUGGAGGUGGCAGUAGUCGAGCUUCACCGGAUUCUAUGGAUGAUAAGCCCACAACAACUUCGACUACAUCAAUGCAAAUGCCCUCGGCCAAUGGCAUGCAUGGCGCUUCAACGGGUGGUGGAAAUAGCGGCAGCGGCAGCACGGGUAGUAUGAGUGUCAUACGCUCCGUUAAGGAAGAACGUAUAUUGGCUUCACCCACACGCAUGAUGGCCUAUCAUCAACAUCAGCUGCAGCAACAGCAGGCACAACAGCAGCAGCAGCAGCAGCAACAACAGCAACAGCAGGGUUGCAAGACACCCACACAGUCUCAACAACAUGUCACCGUUUUGGUGACACCAUCCCGUAUUAAGUCUGAACCUAACCAAUUACCGCCGCAACCAUCACAUUCGCCAUAUUCCACAGCUGUAAGUGCAUCGACCACCACAAUGUCACCCUCUUUGCUGCAUACGAUACCCACAGCCACCCAUAAUACAGCGCCCACCAGCCUACUUCAUCAUCAUCAACAGCAGCAGCAGCAGCAACAACAACAGCAGCAGCAGUCACAGCAGCAGCAACAACAACAACACCAGCCACAAAAUCCACCUCCACCUCCUAUAGUCACAACACAUCACCUGCACCAACAGCUGACACAGCCUCAGCUGCGCAAGACCAGCCCUCCCCAUGAUCUGCAGUUUCCCCCGCAACAUCAUCAUCUGCUGACGCAAUCGAUGCAACAUCUGACGCAACAGCAACAAAUACAACUGCUGCAGCAGGCGGCUGCCAUGUCGCGGCAAAAUAAUCCUGCCAACAGAGAGUUAUCGCCCAGUGCCUCCAUGUCACCCAGUUCAAGACACUCGGCAUCGAAGUCGCCCCAGCAGCAUUUAAUGCAGCAGCAGCAGCAACAAAACGCAGCAGCUGGCCAGCAUAUGCGUAUCAAGAAGGAGCCUGCGUCCAUGCAAAAUCAUGUCUCCGGUUUUGGCAAUACCGCCAAUGGGCCCCAGAGACAUCAUUCGCCGCACUUCAUGCCACAACAGUCACCCAACCAGCAGCAGGGGGGCCAGCAGGGCCCACCUCCGCCACAGCUGCCGCCUCAGGCAUUGGGCAACAUGGCUCAGGCUCUAAUGCAUCCGGCCUCAUUGCAGUCACUGAGACAUCCCAAUAGGGAUGCUGCCAUUUUAUUUCGCGUCAAAAAUGAAGUGCAGCAACAUGUGGCCGCCGCAGCAGCGGCUGCUGCGGGUCUGCCUCAGCUAAUGCAACCCGGCGCUGCUGCUGUGGCUGCAGCAGCGGCUCAACGCAUGGUCUGGGUAUCGAAUGCGCGUAUAAAUGGCGUAAAGCCCGAAGUGAUAGGAGGCCCCAUGGGCAGCAUACGACCGGGUGGGCCGGGCCAGUCACCAUCACCGCAUCAUUCGUCAUCAUCGGCCUCGUCAUCAUCGCAGCUUUCGCCGCAGACACCCUCGCAAACCCCACCGCGGGGCACACCGACAGUGAUAAUGGGAGAAAGUUGUGGCGUGCGCACCAUGGUCUGGGGCUAUGAACCAGCGGCGCCUGCCUCAUCCGCAGGCUCAGCGAGUCAGUCACCCAACCACUCACAUCACCAUGCGCCCCAUCAUAUGGGCGGCCACCAACAGAUGGGAGGAGGUGGAGGUCUGGGAGGACCACCCUCUUCGCUGCAGUCGCAAUCGCAUCAUUCAUCACAGUCAUCAUUGAAUACCGCAUCGUCACCUUCAGCCGGAUCUCUAACGCCCACGCAUACGCCUGGACCAUCGCCACAAAACAAUGAGGAAGCAGCCCAGCUGCUGUUGUCUUUGGGUCAGACCCGCAUACAAGAUAAUCGGCCAAGACCGCCUCAUGCAUUUCGUCCUCCCCACGCCCUGAACAUGGAACGCUUGUGGGCGGGAGAUUAUUCGCAACUGCCACCAGGCCAAUUGCAUGCUUUAAACCUGAGUGCAGCGCAACAGCCUUGGGGCGGUGGUGGCUCUUCGAAUACCACCGGCCUGGGGCGAGGUUUGGAUAACCCCCAUGAGCCCACGGAUGAGGAUGAUCAGCCGCUGGUGUGUAUGAUAUGUGAGGAUAAGGCAACGGGUUUACAUUAUGGUAUUAUAACAUGUGAAGGGUGCAAAGGAUUCUUCAAACGCACUGUACAAAAUCGCAGAGUUUAUACAUGCGUGGCCGAUGGCACCUGUGAAAUAACCAAAGCUCAACGUAAUCGUUGUCAGUAUUGUCGCUUCAAGAAGUGCAUAGAACAAGGCAUGGUUUUGCAAGCUGUUCGCGAGGAUCGCAUGCCUGGCGGCCGCAAUAGUGGGGCCGUCUAUAACCUCUACAAGGUCAAAUAUAAGAAACACAAGAAGAACAAACAAAAUCAACAACAGCAGCAGCAACAACAAUCGCAACAGCACUCACCCAUGCAUCAGCCACAGGGACAUCAUCAGCCACAACUAUCGCCGCAUCAUCACCAAACCCAUCUCUUUAUGCCACAACAACAGCAGCAACAAUUGCAGCACCAACAAUUUGCAGCCGCAGUGGCGGCAGCAGCCCAUCAGCAACAAACCAAAUUACUCGGUGAGAUGAAACCGAUGUUCUUGACGAAAGAGCAGCAGGCCAUGCACUCACCGCACCAUCAAGCUCAGCAAUCGCCUUCGUUGGGCCCGCCCCAGCAGCAGGGACCGCCUCCGCCACAUUUGUCAUCACCCCAUCAUCCGCUGCAUGCCUCGUCAUUGGGCCCUGGUGGUCCUCUACACAGUCCCGUGGCCGGCGGUGGAGGCAAUGGCGGUGGUAGUGGUGGCAAUGGCCCUCCCCAGCAGACAUCACAUCACCAUGCCGCCUCAGUGGCGCCGCCCCAACAUGUGGCCCAUCAGCCUUCAGCAGCUUCACAAAGACCUGCCACGCCCCAAGAGACUGCCAUGAAAAUACCCUCGCAUUUGGUAAAUGGAACCAUACUAAAGACUGCUCUAACAAAUCCUAGCGAGAUUGUUCACCUACGGCACCGACUCGACUCAGCGGUUAGCUCCUCCAAAGAUCGCCAGAUCUCAUACGAGCAUUCUCUGUCCAUGAUACAAACUCUAAUAGACUGUGACGCCAUGGAAGACAUUGCCACACUGCCGCAUUUCUCCGAAUUCUUGGAGGACAAAUCCGAGAUUAGUGAAAAACUCUGCAACAUCGGUGACUCCAUAGUCCACAAGCUGGUGUCGUGGACCAAGAAGCUGCCCUUCUAUCUGGAGAUACCGGUGGAGAUACAUACCAAACUUUUGACCGACAAAUGGCAUGAGAUACUCAUACUGACAACAGCAGCCUAUCAAGCCCUGCAUGGCAAACGGCAUACAUCAUCUGCGGCGUCAUCACAUUCGAACAACUCGGCCAGCAGUUCCACAUCUUCGAAUUCUUCAGCCUCAUCCUCGUCCUCGUCGCCCACACAACACAAUCACAAUAGUAAUAGCAACACCAGCAACAACAACAGCAACAAUCAUGCAUCAUCAACAUCACCUCCCCACAUAACAGCACAUCCUGCCUUAGUACACAAAGACGAUCCAGAAUUUGUGGCCGAAGUCAAUGCCCAUCUGAGUACGCUGCAAACGUGUCUGACGACUCUGAUGGGCCAGCCCAUAGCUAUGGAACAGCUAAAACUCGAUGUGGGUCAUAUGGUGGAUAAGAUGACACAGAUAACCAUUAUGUUUAGAAGAAUCAAACUUAAAAUGGAAGAAUAUGUCUGUCUCAAGGUCUACAUAUUACUGAAUAAAGCAGAAGUGGAAUUGGAAAGUAUACAGGAACGUUACAUACAAGUAUUGCGUACAUUUUUACAACAUUCAUCGCCACAGAAUCCACAAGCCCGCCUUAAUGAGUUAUUGUCUCAUAUACCCGAGAUCCAAGCUGCUGCUAGUCUAUUAUUGGAAAGUAAGAUGUUCUACGUUCCCUUUGUUUUGAACUCGGCCAGUAUAAGGUAGCAAAUGCUUCAACGUGGUCUAUUGACAAUUGCCGAGCAAAAACCGCCUUAUCACCGAACAACAGGAACGGGAACCGAAACCGAAACCGAAACAACAGCAAACGAACAGCAUCACUCAUCGAGCCAAGACCCCCAAGAGCUUAGAGCAACAACAAAGGAAACCACUGCGGCCACCAACGAUGAGGGCCAUAGUCAGCAACGGGAGGAAAAAGAUUAUCAAUUCAAAUGUUUGCCCAUUGUUGAAAUGCCUCAGAUAAAAAUCGAAAGAGAUUAUGAUGAUUAUGAAAUGGCUGAUGAAGUGCAGGAAAAUGCCAUGGAAACAAUGGAUACCGAAGAUGUUGAAGGCUCCCGGGAUAUGCAAAUGCAAAUGGAAGAGAGCAAUGAUGAGAAUGAUGAAGAGAGAAAUAAUUUAAAUAUAAAACCAGUGCCUCAGUUGUUGGAACCAACUUCAAUAUUAAAGACUUCUUUGCUAACGGGGGCAGCCAAUACCUUGGCCACCUUGACAGCGGCAGCAGAACAAAUAGCCCGUAUGCCCAGCUUGACUGUAAGUGAUAACACUAAGGGACAAGAUCUUAGUGGUAGUGCAAUGCCAAGUACAGCAAAUGCGGCGAAUACAAUAAAGUCCUAUGGUUAUUAUAAUGAAGAAAACAAAAGACUUUUGUUUAGUGAAACAGCAGGGGAAAGAGAAAACUCACCACAACUUAAGGUGCAGCAACAGCAGCAGCAACAGGGAGCAGAAGACACUAGGGGGGAUAAUAAUGAAACUCCCACAUAUACAUCAAUAUUGCAAACAGCAUUGAUGUCCAAACGUCCAGCAACAUUAAAUGUUGCCUCAACAUUACAAACAGCAAUGGCAUCGGUAACAUCAUCAUCACCAGCAGCAGCAACAGCAACAUCAUCAUCAUCAACUUUCUCAACAUCAGCAAAUACUACAUUUUUGGCCUCUGGCAUUUUAUGUUCCUCACCAGGCUCAUCAGCAUCAUCCAUGUCGUCGUCAUCACUAUCAUCCAACAAGACUUUACAUGUGCGCACCCCCGAUCAAGUUUUAAAGACUGCAGUUACCUUGGCAACCCUAAGCGAAAUAACCACACAGCGAGAAUUGCAACAGAAACAACAACAACAGCAGCAGCAACAAGACUUAGCAGCUGCGGCUGCCUCUAAACAUAUACUGGUGGUGCCCCAGGUGGCACCACGCAAAAUGUGUACCCUGCCUUUUAAAAAGCUGAAUUUUGCCAAUGUAGCCAACAACACUCCAACUCCUUCACCUCUACCCAACACUGCCUCCAGCAAUAAUUUCUCAUCAGCAUCAUUUGCAGCAGCAACAACCACAACCAUAACAUCAUCGGUUGCAGCUGCUGCAGCAGCAUUGUGCAACAUCAAUUCUGCAACAUCAGCAAACAACACUGCUACAAACACAACAACAACAACUGCAAUUACACUAAAUACUAAUAAAAAUCAUUUCAAUAGUUUUUUAGGUUCUAUGAAUAUGAAAAACAACAGCAACAGCAACAACAACAAUAAUAAUAACAUUAAUUUAUGCAACAACAUUAAUAAUAACAAUAACCAACAGGCGGCUUCUUCUAUAAUACAGAAAACUAAUCACAAUACCAGCAGCAAUAAUGUCCUUUUAGCCCCCAACAACAGUAGCAGCAGCAGUGGUGCCCUAUGCCCCAUGCCUCUUACACAAAGCCUAAAGAUACCCUGCCCCAUGAAGCCACAAUUGGUUACCAGCCAAACUCAGACCGAAGAUGUGGCCCCCAAAAAUGAAGAGGCCAAAUCUACGGGUAUGGCCACUUCGGCCAUAUGUUUUGCCAACACAACCUUUUCCACGCCCCCUACUACUUCCGCCUAUAGUAACACUAACAAUACGAGUAGCACCUCAUUAGCAUCUUCAUUACAAACAACCUCUCUGGCUCAGGCUGGAGCAGGACUGUUAAGGACUGCCGUGCCAACGACUCAUAGUAAAAUGAUGAACUUGGCACAAACCGCAUCAACAUUUUCAUCAACUGCCACAACUACAUUAUCAUCAGCACCCACUGGUAUUAUGGCCUCUAGCAUAAGUAAAGCCCCCAGCUGCUCGAAGAGCCUAAAAGCCCCACCAAACUCUUCUGUGCUAAAUGUUUCGGGUAGCAUUUUAAAGAACUCUUUGACCCAGCCCCUAAGUGGGCCCACAGAUAAAGCCUUGGCUAUGGCAAAUCCCCUUUUGAAUAACUACACUGCCACUAAGACUCAAAGGGCAUGCAACAACCCUACGACUUCCUGCUUGUCCAGCACUUCCUCAUCUACGUCUACUGUUAACUCUCCUGCUACCGCUGUUACUGUUGUUGUUUUUGAGACAUUGUUACCUGAGGACUGAAAACUUUGUUUAUAAACGUAAAUAUUUUUUGUAGAUUUUUUACAAACCACCCCCAAACCCCCCAACCCUCCUUACAAAAAAAAAAAAGCUUGGCUCCCUUAAACCCCCCCCACCCCUUUUAGCCCCUUUGUUGUUAUUCCCUCGCCAAUUUGUUUUGUAAGUUUUAUUUUUUUUUUACAUAUAUAUAAAUAAUUGUUUCGCUUUGCUUUUAUAUAUACAUACAUACAUAAAUAUUAUAUAUUGUUUAUUACAACAUAAAUAUUUUUUUUAUAGACCUUAAGUCAAAACUUAUAUAAACAAUUUAUAAAAAUUGUUUUAAGUUUUAGGGUAGUUAUUAUUUUUUUUUUUUUUUCUAAAUGUAAUUUUUAUCUUAAAUGUAUAAUUUAAAACCUAAGAAAACAUUUUUUAUAUAUAUAAAAAUCUUAUAUAAAAUAAAUUUUUAUAAUUUUUAAGUCAAAUGUCGUAACCUAUAAACACUAUACAAAAAUUAUGGACUUUUUUUUGUAGCUUAAUGUUUUACAUUUUAAAUAAGAUUUUAUUAUGAUUACUUUAGGCAUAAACAAUACAAAACAAAAAAAAUUAUUAUUAAUUAUUGCUAUUUUUUAAAUAUUUUUUAAAAACAAAAAAGGAAAACAAAACAAAAAAUCCCAAAUAAUUUUUUUUUAAUAUUAUUAUAAAUAUCAUUAUUAUGAUUUAAAAUGUUUAGCUUAAAAUAAUUUGUUUUUCUUUUAGUUUUUUGUAAUUUUUUGUUUUUUUUCUUUUGCAAAAGAAUGUAAACGGAUUAUAUAUAUGUAUGUGUAUUUUUCUGUGUUUUUUUUUAUUAAUUGUUAUAAUUAAUCAUUUACAAUUUAUCUAAACAUAACUAUAAAUUAAACAAAAACCAACAAACAACAAAAAAUUAAUCAUUUCAUUUUCACCAAACACACACACACACACACAAACAAACAAAAGCUUAUUAUGCCAACAAAACUGGAAACAAAACAAUCCUAAAGAAAAAUUAAAAAUAAAACAAAGCAACAAAAAUCCCCUUUAAAUAAAAAACGUGUUCAA